UUUUUGCAAGCCUCUCGCCUCUGUCAACCUCUCCUAGCCAGCGAUUUGAAGUAGUACUCUUUUCACAAUCUGAAAUUGAAGGCUUACACUGGACAGUUACCAUGUCCAUGGACCACAGCCCAACCACUGGAGUGGUCACUGUUUUUGUGAUUCUGAUCGCCAUCGCAGCUCUUGGUGCAUUGAUCCUAGGCUGCUGGUGCUACCUGCGGCUGCAGCGAAUAGGUCAGUCGGAAGAUGAGGAAAGCAUCGUGGGAGAAGGCGAGACCAAAGAGCCCUUUCUGUUGGUGCAGUACUCAGCCAAAGGGCCACGGGUAGAGCGGAAAGCUAAGCUGACAGCUAAUGGGACGGAGGGUCACGGUUAACAUUCAAUCACAGUUCACAACUGCAGAUUUUGCCAUUUGGACUAAAUAACAUUUGUAGAAUAAUCAUUCUUCAUACUGUGAAGGUUUAAUUCUGUUCAAGCUGCUUAUUAAAAACAAAAUAGCAAGGUUAGCAGAAGACGGCAAGGACUAGCCUGCAUUCUGUUGAUCUGCAACUGCAUGUUAUCAACAAAGAUCAAGACUAGCUAUUCGAAAUUCUUGUUUAUUUUGCAGUGUUUCCUACUUGAAUUCUAAUUCCUUUUUAUCUGAGCCUGUUUUGAUGGAGCAACUACUGUAAGUUUCAUCCCCAUCAAACCUGUGGAUCUCUGGAAAUAAUUCGUAUUGAUCAGUACGAAAGUUUUUUUCUGUAUUGUGCGGGAUAGUAUUAAAAGUACAAAAUGAACUGCUGUAAAUCUUACUAGAGCAAAGGCCACAUUAAGUGAUCAUCUUUAGUGCGUAUUUUGUUGUUGAGCUUAGGUUGUAUGGUGAGGGGUGGAGACAUUGGGAUAAGGCAGUAUUGAAGAUACAAAACUAGAAAUGAACUAGGAAUUCAAAGUAACUGUUUUUAAAAAAAAAAGUCUAACACACUAUUCCCGCUGAUCAUUUACCUAAAUGGUACAGCUAUUUCAGCUGACUGUUGCACCACCUCAAAUUAGAUCCUGUAUUGUCUUUAGAAAGGGUUUUUAAAAAAACAAUUAAAGGGGAAAGAGGGAGUCAUUAUUUCGAUGGGAUCACAAAAUGAAAGAUGUAGAAUUGUUACUGCAUUUUGCACACAGUGAGGUUGUGCUGAAGUAUUGUGCAACUGCUAGGAUGCUACCAAAGUACUUUUUCCUAAACUGCUUCUAGGCUGGGCCUAUGAUGGAGAAGGCUGUAAUUCACAGUCUACAAGUGAUCCGGAAGGUCAGCAGUGGAGUUAAAAUGGUGGCUGAGCAGUUUUCUGUUUUAAUUAAAAGCAUGUUUAAUAUGGUCAAAUUGUACUUAGAACAGCAUCAUUUAAAAAGAACUUGAUAUAUUGUGGUAUCUUAUGACCAGAUUCUUUCCCCUUCCUGUAAUUCAUUAGUUUACAGAAAUAAAAUUUAAUGUAAUAAAUUUCACAAUAGUGCAAUAUUCAAAUGUAAACAAAUAAAGAAUUUCCCCUUUUA